GGAAUAUAAAAAGACCACAGUUUGAAUAUUGUGUUUCCGCAUACUGGUAAAACGUUAUGUACUGUAGUUUAUAUGAGGCCAUGUUUCUUUAAAGCACUACUAAUAUUACUUCAUUCAUUUUCAUUGAACGGUCUUUACCAGUGGAAGAUCUUAAAGCAGCGAAUCAUAUGAAGCAUUAUGAGUAUUUUGAUGAAUUUUUCAACAUUUAAUGGAAAACAUAUAAAUACUGCUAUGCAUAGUUUACUUUUGGCUUCCAUUGUUUUACUAAGCUUUUGUAAGACAUCAGGACAAGAGGAUUGUAUGUUACCUGUUGACUCAGGAAUGUGUUCAGCAGGAGAACCAAUAUUGCGAUUUUAUUACGAUCACACAAUUGGAAAUUGUUUACCUUUUGCAUAUUAUUGUGAUGGCAAUAGUAGCAACUCUCAAACAAUUCAACAGUGCCAGCUUGCAUGUACAGGAAGAUCAGUCAAUGCAUGUGACAGUUCUCCUUGCCAAAUUGAUGAACAAUGUGUUGACAACGUAGCCGGAGGAUAUUGUUGUGCAUCAAGUCCGUGUAAUUCAAAUCCAUGUCAAAAUGGCGGAAUGUGCACCACACCUACUACUACAACUUAUAUGUGUAUGUGCUCUGGAAGUUUCUCUGGCACAAACUGUGAAACAUCAAGAACAACAUCAACUCCUUGUGACAGCAAUCCUUGCCCUGCUGGACAAGAGUGCUUUUUCUCGCUAACUAUGUACAUUUGUCAAACAGCCACCGGAAGAAGACGACGAGAUGUUGAAGUUCACCCUGUACGAAGAUCUGUGGCAACUGAAACGUGUGCAGAUGACCCAUGUCUAAAUGGAGGUGUGUGUUUUCAGGUGGAUUCGUGUGAAAACUAUGUGUGUGCAUGUGUCGGUCGCUAUACUGGUAUCAAUUGUGAAACAGAUGUGUGUUCCUUACCUUUAGCUGCUGGAACGGCUGCGACAUGCCCAGGGGCACAAGUAGCUUUGCGUUAUUACUAUGCUGACAGUACAAGUGGUUGUACUCCAUUUGCUUAUUAUUGUGGUGCAAAUGCCAACAACUUUGAAAGCAGUGCAUUGUGUGAAGCAACAUGUCCAGUAACUCCAUGUUCAACAAAUCCUUGUCAGAAUGGAAGUGCAUGCACUGUUGUAGGUUCAAGUUACAUAUGUAGAUGUUCAGAUUGUUUUACUGGAACCAACUGUCAAACAGUACUGAGUGCUUGCUCUAACCAUGCCUGUCAGAAUGGAGCUGCUUGUGUCCAGGUUACUGGUUCCUGUAUACAAUACACAUGUACCUGUCCAUCAUGCUACACUGGACAAUUUUGUGAAACUGUACUGAGUGCUUGCUCUAACCAUGGCUGUCAAAAUGGAGCUGCCUGUGUCCAGGUUACUGGUUCCUGUAUACAAUACACAUGUACCUGUCCAUCAUGCUACACUGGAACAUUCUGUGAAACUG